CCUGACCUCUAGCUUGGAGCUCACACACCUCCCUACAAACCGGGGGCGGUUUUCACGUCCCCCCGCCUGCGGCACGUGUUCUUGGAGCCCCCCACCAGUCUGCAGCGCCCCGCCUCUCGGUGCCGCGGCUGCUGGCUGCAGGCUCUGGGCAGGCAGUCAGCGCAGGGGCUCCUUUGGGCAGCCGCAGACGCGCGUCCCAGCAGGACCAGUAGCUGCUGCUCCGCUUCCAGCCUGCCUCCUCCGGCGCCCCGCGAUGGAGCAGCCCGCCCGCCAGGAGCGCCAGCUGCAGAGCCCUGCUCACCAGAUAGAAACAGAUGACAGAACAGCCUUGGUUUGUAAACCUAGGAUUAAAGGAGGAAACAGUGAUCUCCCAUCAGCUGGUUUUAAUGUUGUCAACUCUAUCAUAGGAUCGGGAAUAAUAGGAUUGCCUUAUUCUAUGAAGGAAGCUGGUUUUCCAUUAGGAGUAUUGCUUUUAGUUGGUGUUGCCUAUAUCACAGAUUAUUCCAUUAUAUUACUGAUUAAAGGAGGAAACCUCUCUGGUACAAACAGCUACCAAGAACUGGUCAAUAAAUCGUAUGGUUUUAUAGGAUACCUAAUUCUCUCAACACUACAGUUUUUAUAUCCAUUUAUUGCCAUGAUUAGUUACAACAUAAUAACAGGAGACACUUUGACUAAAGUUUUUCAAACAAUUCCUGGAGUUGGUCCAGAUAGCUUGCUUACUUACCGCCAAGUCAUUAUUCUAUGUACUACCAUCAUCUUUACCCUGCCUAUGUCUCUCUAUCGUGACAUAGCAAAACUGGCAAAGGUAUCUUUUAUUUCUCUGAUUUUAACAGCUGUAAUCCUGGUCAUUGUGAUGAUAAGGGCAGCUACUCUUAGCCCACUAGUACCCAAAACAGAGAAUGCCUGGAUAUUUGCAAAGUCUAAUGCAAUACAAGCCAUUGGGGUGAUGUCAUUUGCAUUCGUUUGCCAUCAUAACAGCUUUUUAAUCUAUGGCUCUUUGGAAGAACCCACUCUGAGUAACUGGUCUCGCAUCACUCAUGUGUCUGUCUCACUGGCUCUUUUUAUCAGUGUGGUGUUUGCUGUAUGUGGAUAUGUGACAUUUACCGGCUACACAGAAGGAGAUAUAUUUGAAAACUAUUGCAGAGACGAUGAUCUUACUACAUUUGGAAGGUUUUGCUAUGGAGUCACUAUAAUCCUGACUUUCCCCAUUGAAUGUUUUGUGACUAGAGAAGUAAUUUCCAAUGUGUUUUUCAGUGGGACCCUUACCACCAUUCUCCAUGUUGCUGUGACAGUAAUUGUUGUCGCUGUAGCCACAAUCAUAUCUUUAGUGUAUGAUUGCCUUGGAAUAGUUUUAGAGCUGAACGGGAUUCUCAGUGCUACUCCACUUGUUUUUAUCAUCCCAACAGCAUGUUAUCUGAAGCUGUCUGAAGAACGAUGGAACCAUUCAGAUAACCUUAUAUCCGGCCUGAUUCUUACUGUUGGUGUGUUAGUGAUGACAGUUGGAUUUGUUAUGACUAUCUUGCAUCCCCAAGAAUGUAGCCAUGGAAAAGAAAUGGUCUACUGCUUUCCUAAUAAUGCCUCUCUUUAUAACAGUACACUUCCACCUUUUUAGCCAACUUGCCAGUCCUGAGUCUAAAGGGCCUGUCAUCAGUCCGUACUAAUUUAAAUAUGACUGGGACAGGGUCCUCUUAUGUUUUCUUACUGACUAAGAAUCUUAAACUGUACAACUAUAUUUGUGUAUCGUGUUUUAUGCUAUUGUCUUUUUCUAGAUGAGAAUUAAGCGUUGACUUUUAAGAUUGCAUUGCAUCAAACCUGACUAUUCAGUUGAGCCUCACUAAAUUGGAUGAAUAACUCGAAAACCAAUUGCUAAGGAUGUAAUUUUGCAAAUUAGCAAAUUAGUAAUCAAAUACAAUUAAAAAACAUAGAUUAGGCAUCUCAAAGUGUACUUUCUCUAGUCAUUUAACAAAUGGAGUUUUAAUUACUUUUGAUAACGCUUAUAGUAAACAUACUCUAGUAUAUUUUCUAAAAGUCCUGAAACUGUAUUGUUAAGAGACCUCGCCAUACCACUCUACUAUUAAAUCUUUGCUGAGAAGUGGGGAUAGCCCCACUUCUAUAGUAGUGUAUCUGUAGUGUAUCUGGCUUAGAGUGAAAAUCACCUUGGUGCAGAGGACCAAUACAAAUGCAAGACCUGUGCAUUUAAGUGGGGUUUAAGUGGUACUUUGUUGGGCAGAGGACCAACACAGUCUGUGCACAAGUGCAGUUUUACUCAUUGAAUAGUGAAUUACAAGGUUGUUUGCUGUGUUUUUAUUAAAAGGAU